AAUAAUUUCACAACACACAAACAAACCAGGACUGGUGCUGCAGUCAGGCGAGGAAGGGUGUCUGCAAGUGAGCGCUGUAGAUGUGACCCCCAGGGCUGUGCUGGAUCAUGUUUGCCUGUCGCUUGCCCUGGUGGAGAUCCAGUGUCACCUGCAAGUUGUGUCAAUCAGGUCACUUUCUGCCUUGGGGCAGGUGUCAAAUGCUGAGUAUUAAAGGAAUCAGCACGACCGUGGGGCAGGAGCAACAGACCAGUAUGAAGGAAAAACAAGUGUUAGAAGAUUCAGAAAUGCACCUCGCAAGGAGAGACACAGAGGCCCUCUUCCAAGAGCAGCCUGAGACUGGGAACCAUUACUUGGAAGACACUUUGCUUCAGAGUUACUUGAAAACACACCUUCCUCCCAAGGUCCUGGAGGAGGUGCAUCAGGACCUGGAGAGGUUUGGAAACCGCCUGCUGACCAAGAUCCAACCUCUGAGCUGGGAAUGUGAGCUGAACCCCCCCGUGUUCCGGCAGUACGAUGCCUGGGGGCGGCGCGUGGAUCACAUCCACACCUGCUCGGCGUGGAGGAGGAUGAAGGAGAUUUCAGCAGAAGAAGGGCUGAUUGCUGAGGCCUAUGAGAAAAGAUACUCCAACUGGAGCCGCCUGUACCAGGCUGUCAAACUGUACUUGUUCUCAAGCUCCUCUGGAGGUUUCAGCUGUCCACUGGCCAUGACUGAUGGGGCAGCCAAAGUCAUUGAGUCACUGGGUAUUCCUGGAUCUCUGAAAAAUGCUUUUGAUCGUCUGACAUCCCGUGACCCUGAGAAGUUCUGGACCUCUGGCCAGUGGAUGACCGAGCGGAGGGGUGGCUCAGAUGUCGCAAACGGCACUGAGACCGUGGCCAGGAAGCAGCCGGAUGGCACCUACCGUCUGUAUGGAUUUAAGUGGUUCACAUCAGCAGCUGAUUCUGAUAUGGCAUUAACCCUGGCCAGGAUAGCAGAUGCUGAAGGACAGUGUACCCAGGGCUCCAGAGGCCUGUCCUUGUUCUUCCUGAGAGUUCGGGAUGAGGAGGGGAAGCUGAACAACAUCCAGGUGCAAAGGCUGAAGGACAAGCUGGGCACGAGGCAGAUGGCAACAGCAGAGCUGUGGCUGCAAGGAGCCAGAGCAGAGCUGAUCUCUGCAGAGGGCCGUGGAGUGGCCGCCAUCUCCAACAUGCUGAACAUCACUCGGAUCCACAAUGUCAUUGGUGCAGUGGCUUCCAUGAGAAGGAUGAUCAGUCUGAGCAGGGACUAUGCCCGCAAGCGCGUGGCCUUCGGGAAGCUGCUCAAGGACCAUCCCCUGCAUGUGCAGACGAUAGCCAGGAUGGAGGUGCAGGUGAGAGGGGCGUUUCUGCUGCUCAUGGAGAUCGUUCGCCUGCUGGGCCUGGCUGAAACCAACCUGGCAAGUGAGCAGGAGCAGCUGCUGCUGAGGCUGCUCAUCCCAGUGGCCAAACUGUACACAGGGAAGCAGGCUUCUGCUGUGGCUGUUGAGGCAAUGGAGAGUUUUGGGGGCCAAGGUUACAUGGAGGACACAGGCUUGCCAGUCAUACUUCGGGAUGCUCUGGUGCUGUCCAUAUGGGAGGGAACAACAAAUAUCCUGUCCCUGGAUGUGCUGCGAUCCCUCACCAAGAGCCAAGGGCAGGUCAUGGCUGCGUUCCUGUCCACAGUGCAGAAAAAGCUGGAGCUGGCUUCAGGCACCGAGGAGCUGUCCCUGGGCGUGCAGCAGGCACGGGAAGCCAUCGGGAGGCUCCGCCAGUUCAUGGCGGCCGCGGGCUCAGAGCAGGCACUGACCAUGGAGCUGGCAGCCAGGGACUUCUCCUACAGCCUGGCACGGAUCUACACAGGAGCUCUCUUAAUGGAACACGCGGCUCGGCCGGACGCCUCCUCCACGGACGUCUGCGCUGCCCUGAGGUGGUGCAGCCAGGAGCUGUGUCCGGUGGCCGUGGAGUCAGGGAGGGGCAGCUACGGGCGCGGGGCAGCGCUCCAGGACAGCGCCCUGGUGUUCGGGAACAGCCGGCUCUGAGCGCCCGCAGCCCCCGCACGGACGCGAGGCCCUGAACCUGCUCAGCUUCCUGCACGUGGUUAUUGACUGCCUUUUGCAGCCUCCCAGCACCUCGGAACCUCUCCCAGGACAGGCUUCCUCCCACUCCCGCAGCCUUUCCCAGCGAGUGGAGCAGUUCCCAAGCGCCUCCUUCCCUCCCUUCCCCAGCAGAGCCGUCGGUUUCCCCCUGUCCCUGCCCCGCUCCUCCCGGGAGCGCAGCUCUGAGCACUGAGCGCUGCCAGGGUCAGAUCCCUCCUGCCCGGUGACUGCAGCGCCACCUCCCUCUGCCCUGUCGGGGAGGACGGACACCUGGCAUGAGAGGGGCCCUCAGUUCCCAGGGGUUCCUGACCCCGUUUGAGAUCCCCACUCUGGAGGUUGUUCCACAGCCCGGGGGCAGCGCUGAAGCCGCCUAUCGCGACAGCAGCGCCGGUGUCCCGACGGGCUCAUGGGCUGUCCGGGAGCUGGGAGAAGGAGAGAGGGAAGGAGGCUCCUCAGGAAGAACCGAUCACGGGGAAAUGAGCUUUGACAGCUUCAGCCGCGUCCUCCUCUGGCAGAGCUGCUGCCCUGGCAGGAGCCCGGCGGCACCCUGGGGAAGCUCAGAACUUCUCUGGCCCCUCUGCCGGGGCAGAGACCCACACUCGGCAUCUCCCAGAUCAGAAACUUCCCGGCAGCGCCGUGCCCGGGGCUUGUAACAUCUGCAGGACAAUGAGCUCCUGAGAAAGCCCUCCGGAGAAACUCAAGUAUGAGAGGGGCUCCGGGAAAUCCCGCUGUAAGUAACUGAAACCCUUUGCACGUUCCUUAAACCCCCAAACGGGAUUCCUGCUUCUUUUCCGCUCCAGAUGCCAUCAGUGGCUCUACCCCAACCUGGUUUAUUUUGAUUUAAUGAACACCAUCGAGGCACAGAGGGACUGUGCUCAAGGUCUUGUGAUGACACGUUUGGCCCCACACCCCUCACAGCUGCUCAGACCCCCAGGAAUUCAGGGCAAAUCCUCAAAUGUGUAAUACAAGAAAUAAAUGAUGGUGGGGGGCCUGAGCGGACAGGACCGUGCACAGCUGGAACGAGCAGGCAGUGCUUGGAAAAUGGGAAUAACCCUUGUGCAGGACCAACAUCAGUUGAGUUCUCCACCUUCUGGGACAAAGAGAUCUUAAACCUGAGUGAGUUUGGUUUGUUCCCAAAGAGCCACAGCUCCACCAUCCAGCAUCAGGAUAAGGCAGGUGCAAGUGGGAACGGAGCCUCCACUGCCAAACCCCACGGAAAGCAGGGGGCAUUCCCUGGAGAUCUGGGCUGCUCCCACAUUUGGGUAACAUCACCAGACUGAAAUACCAUGGUUGGUCAAGGGGAAAAAGAAGAACACAGUAUGGAGGGAGCUGAGCCCGGCACCUUCCUCCAUCCAGGGAAAACCGUGCCAAUUGUGCCACCAGAACCUGGCAGGGUGUGUGCGUUGUGUGCUUCCCCCUUCCUGGGACUCCUGCACCAGGAAAACCAAGCCUAAGUUUAAUUUUUUGUCUUAAGUUUAGGAAUGACAGUU